UUCUUGCAUUUAAGUAGGACUCUAACCUUCUAUAUAACUGCGCAAAUCUUUUCAACAAAUCGUCCAAAUCCAUCUCUCUCCUCUUCUAUAUCCUUUUUUUUUUCUGUGUUCUUACCAAAGAUUCCAUUUAUUUUGAUGUGGGUGUUGUUCAAAUUGAAUCAGAUUAACCGCCAUUGUUGUUGAUUGCGAUGUCUCUUACUGGAAAAGGCUAUUCAGAUCCACAUCAAGAAAGCAGUAAUAAUUAUCAUAAUGCUUCAUCUAAUUGUUGCUCAGAAGCUUUAGCUCAAUUGAAGCUUUAUCAAGCUUUCAUCUUUUCAGUCCCUAUUUUGUUUGCUUUUAUACUUUUACUGUUAUUCUACUUAUUUUAUCUUCGUCGUCAGAGAGUCGAUUGGUCCUCACUGCGGAUGAGGACGUCUACAUUUCACACUGCUAAUGAAUCUGAUGAACUCUCAAGGUGUGAAAUGGGAUUGAAGAAGGAAGUGAGGGAGAUGUUGCCUAUUAUUGUCUUCAAGGAGAGUUUCUCUGUCAAAGAUACUCAGUGUUCAGUGUGCUUAGGGGAUUACCUGGCAGAUGAUAAGCUUCAACAAAUACCUGCUUGUGGGCACACAUUUCACAUGAUUUGCAUUGACCACUGGCUAGCCGCCCACAAUACCUGCCCCCUCUGCCGCCAAUCAAUCCUUGCUCCAACUAAUGCUUGCACUGAAAUACCUGAUACGAGCUCAGAAACUACUGAGAGUACUUCUAGUGAACAAGAUGCCGAUGAAACAUCUCACCAGAGCAGCUCUGAGUGUUGUGGGGAUUCUCAAGUAGGUCAAUCAAAUUCAGAGCCAGAACCCAGAGAAGAAACGGAACACAGAUCGUCUAAUGAAGAAGAAAGUGAUAACGUUAACCACGAUAGCGCCUCAACAAAUAGAAGUUAUGACACUAUGCAGGAUCCAGAAGAAACGGAACACAGAUUGUCUAAUGAAGAAAAAAGUGAUAAAAUUGACCACGACAGCAUCUCAAGAAAUAGGAGCCAUGACACUACGCUGGAGCCAAGUGAUUCAGUCUGAUGUUCAUAAGUUAAGGAAGAUAAAAAUACUAGCCAUACACUGGCUAGAUGUGAUGCAGCUUGAUGCAUGUUAGGUGACACAAUAGGGAUGAGACUGCAGGAUGAAUAUGACAGCAUGAGCUUGCCCCUUUGUUCGGAUUCCAAAAUACCCCAGUCUUUCUGAGAUCAAAGUUCAUUACCAGGCUCAUGAAGUUUCGACUUCUCUCAGGAAAUGGGAGGCAGAACGGCUCGCUUAAAUCACCAUACGAGGUUAAGGCUUGCAUUAUUUCGCCGUCUGGGAUAAGAAGAAGCUCAAACAAUCCUUAGGCAAGUAUACAGAUUGUUGAAGUAUCCGCAGAGUUGUACCAUGUAACCUUUCUGUGUCGUAAAGGUGUAUAGUAAUCUUUAAUAGAGUUGUACCUGCUAAUACUAUGUUGUGCUUAGGCGUAGAGGAGAGCGAUUUGAAGUUUAUGGAUUCAUAAUUCUUGUACUUUAAAGUUACGGUGUUCUAAAUUAACGAUUUAUACAUAUUUAGUGGAUUUUUAAAAUACAAA